UACUGUUUUCCCGGUUGGUUUUUUCUUUGGUGCUAAGUCCAAGUCUGUAGUCUUCCUUCUCCCUUCGCUCCCGUCCACAUCCUUUCUCUCUCCUUCUGACUUUCUCUCUCUCUCUGUUCAAAGCAAAUCUCAUUGACGAAGCCCUAGAACCCAUUUGAUAUCUGAGGUGUAUUCUCUGAUCUUCUGCGUUGACAUGUUUCUCUCCUGCAAAUUCAGUGUUGAUGUUAAAAUCUUGCUGGAAACCAGGAUCUGUAAUUUCUCUAGAAAUGGUCAGAAUUCAUGCCUAUGGUGACAUCUGGCAUAUUCUUAUCUUGAUUAGAAAUUCUUCGCAAUGCAGUUGGUCUCAAAUGAUGGUCAAACUGAAGAUGUUUCAGAAAAAGAGCCUAUUUUAAGUCAAACCACCAUUACACGCAGAUCUGAGGAACCCUCUUCUUCAUGUGAAAUUAGACUUGUGGGUGGUGACUGCUGUGAAGCUGAUGAUGAUCGUCAAAGUUUUGAUGCUGAUGAAAGUUGCAGUCUGGUGAAUGGAGACCAGCCACAAUGUCGGAUUUGUCUUGAUACUGAAGGUGAAGAUCUGAUAGCACCUUGCCAUUGCAAAGGCACACAGAAGUAUGUACAUCGAUCAUGUCUUGAUCACUGGAGAUCAACUAAGGAGGGCUUUGCUUUUGCCCACUGUACAGAGUGCAGGGCAGUGUUCAUACUACGAGCAAAUGUCCCACCAGAUCGAUGGUGGUUGAGAUUGAAAUUUCAACUCCUGGUUGUUAGGGAUCAUGCAUUUAUUUUUGUCAUUGUCCAGUUGGUUGUAGCCUUCUUGGGUAUGCUGGUAUACAAAUUCUAUGGAGAGGAGCUGAGGGAAAUGUUUGGUUAUGAAGAGCACCCAUAUGGAUUUUACACAAUGGCAGUUUUGGCUAUUGUUUUGGUGGGAUUGCUCUAUGGGUUCUUCAUAGCCAUAAUCUGUGGGCAGAGGAUCAAUGAACGCCACUACCAUGUACUUGCCAAACAAGAACUAACAAAGGAGUAUGUGGUGGAGAGCCGAGAAGAUAAUAAGACUCACCCUGAGCUUGAUCCUUCACAUGUCACAGAGCUACGAAUGUUGGGCCUUUAUUAAGCAAAAAUCAGUUGUUCCCAUUGAGCUUCUGUGAAACCUUGUCAUUGGAGCCUCACAAGAGUUUCCACUGGUCUGAUUUGUCUUCAGAGUUCUUCGUUGGUUGGUGAUUAUUUUUUUAGAUGUGCCAUCCAGACACAGCAACUCGACAUGGAGGCGUUAAAGUUGAAUCAUUUAGUACCAGAACUGAUACGUAUAUAGGCUAUAUAGCUAUUCUUAUUUUGACACAUUCUUGUCGGUAUGUUUUUUUAUUCAUCUUUUUUUUCUCUUUUUUGUCCAUUUUCUUCUUCACUCAAUCACUUGGUACAGAGAAAAAUCAAAAAAAAUCUCCAAGAUAAAUAUUUCGCAUGUAGAACUAAAAUGGUUGUUUCUUGCACUGCUAGCAAGAGUGGAAGGAAACCAAUGUAAGGUAUCUCUGUUUCAACCAGUUAGAGAUCUUACUAAUUUAAGCCACCAUCAAUUGGUUUGAGGGAA